CAGUUAACAGUAAUAUUCAUGUGAUAGUGCAGACUAUCUCCACAUAAAUCACUCUGAUAGUGUAGACUAUCACAGUGAUUUAUGUGAAGAUACAGACAGGUCGGGAUAAUGGUGCACCAAUCUCGCAGAGGUCCAGGCGGUCACAGUGGCGAGUAUCUGUAUUUACCGGCUGUGGAGAAGAUGCCCGGUGAAGACAUGGACAUGCAGAUAGACGAGAGCCCUCCCAUCGACCGGCGUUGGAGACCUACCCGGUUGUGUGUCCUCGUGGUCGCAAUAGUCAUCCUAGUUAUCUUAUUGUACUGGGGCUUGCACAACGACUCACCAAUAGGAAUCAGUCCCAGCCAUGUCAGUGUAUUCCUGGACAACAGCGGACCAUACAGCCUCACUGUUGGCUCGGAUAUGAACGUGGUUCAGGAACUAGACCAGGGGAAGACGAGGGUGGAGAUCUCCGUCAGAGAACUUUUGGAAAACAAGACAAAAGGACCUGUCAGAAUAGUCCGCUCUGACGGCGAAAGGUAUGAUGUACGGCUCAGCUAUGAACCAAGUGCUAGUAAGAGUAGACUCACAAGGCUGGAUGAGAUUAUACCUAGCACUGAGAAUAUCUUCUUCAUAGAGACUCGCUGUGGAACUGCCAAAGAGUUGGAAAAAUACACCGUGGACUCUGGGGUUGUGUUAAAUGCUCGGCAAAUCUGUGCCAUCGAAUCCACCGCUCGCCUAAACCCAUCAAGGCCAGUAUACCUCCUGCACACCUGCCCACUGGACGACAACUUCCCUUCCAAGUCACCCGAGUAUGUCCGACAGCUCCUCACAUACAACAACGUCCACGUGGUGAUGCUAGAUCUGGCGGAACUUUUCAUGAGGUCCAUCGUGGAAGAACUGUACUUCAACUCGAGGUUCGAGGAGAGUCGACAUCCGGUGGAGCACGUCAGUGAUGUGAUAAGGCUCCUUGUCCUUUGGCGUUUCGGUGGCACCUACAUGGACAUCGAUGUCGUCAGCAUCAGGCCAUUGGAUGAACUGGGCACUAACUACGCCGGGUGGCAGGACGAGUUUACCAUCGCUUCAGGAGUCCUCAACUUCGCACCAAACGGCUUCGGGCAUCAUAUCCUGACCGAAUGUUUGUUCGAUCUCCGGGACAACUUCGAGCCCCAUGAGUGGUCAACCAAUGGACCUCUUCUCAUCACCAAGACAAUCAUGAGGCUAUGUGGAAUCACUUAUGGAGGGGAACGAAUCAGUAGAAAAUGUCGCGAGUUUACCGACUACCCCAUACCGGUGUUCUAUCCCAUCUACUACACCCAGUGGCAGCUGUUCUUCGACGAGAAGCAGACCAAGCGAGUGCUCAACUUGCUGAACGACACCUAUGUGGUUCACCUCUGGAAUAAGAUGAGUAGCCAAAGGACGAUAAGGGUGGGAUCGGGGCAGGCGUAUGGCAUACUGGCUGCCAAGUACUGUCCCAAGGCCUACAGAAAUUGUGGAGUCAACUUCUAGUCGGGAGGCGAGAAGUCGAAGAAGAGCUUUGAGUUUGAUGAUGAUUGACUUUCCACUCGGAGGUCGAUGACAGAUUGACAAAGGUGCACGGGAAGAAAUAUGGAGGCGAAAUAUACCUUACAGAUGAGCCAAGCGGUCUGAGCAAGCGAGCCGGCAGGCCACCUGAUGGGUGGGCGGGGGAUAGGGACGCCUUCUCCAAGAACAUGGAGCUUUCCCUUAGAGCCCAUCCUUCGACAUUUCUCGUGACCCAAGACGCAAGAACUGGAAUAUUUACUGAUUUAUUUCGUUGUCUUGUGGUUAUAUAGAAAUAAAAGGGGUUCCGACAGCCCUGUGCAAUUAAAUCAAUCACAGAAUGACAGCGCCUAGGCGAGGUCAAUGUUACGUGAUUGGCUAGUACAACCUUGGCCGCACGCUUAGAUCCCUUGGCCCAUAUGUACGACGAUAAUGGCUGGAGAAUACGAUUAACUCAGGCUGUUGCGGUUAGUUAUGAACGCACAAGAGAAUUGAGCCUUUCUGAAAAUGUACAAGUAUCUUAUUUAUUACUAAUUUUAUUUUAAUAUAUAAAUGUUUUAUUUA